CAGGUCAUCCCAAUUCCUAUUUCUUUCAGUUUUAUUGUUGUUACUUUACAUAUAAUGGAAGCGAAAACUUGGAAAUAUAAAAUCGAAGUAUAAGUUUGGUGUGAGAAAAAAUUAAUUUAAGAAAUUACCAUUUGACAACUGCACAGUGCUGGACGUGACGUCACAAGAGAGGCUGGACAACCACAACCACCACUUGAAAGAUGACGAGUGUCAGUGGAGGCACCUUCACGUGGUUGGACUAUGGGGUAUUCAUCUUGAUGCUUCUGGCCUCCCUCUUGGUGGGGUUCUAUUUCGCCUACAAGAGCCGCAACAAGGCCAAUGAUGAGUUCUUGUUGGGCAGUCGAAGCCUCACUUGCGUGCCUGUGUCCAUGUCUCUCGUGGUCACUUACAUCUCCGCCAUAGCUCUACAGGGGUCACCGGCGGAGAUCUAUUACCACAACAUACAGACGGUGUGCGGCAACGUUGGCCUCUUGGCGGUGCCCAUUGCUGCCCUCGUCUUCGUCCCCUUCUACUACGAGCUACAACUGGUCUCCGUCAACCAGUACUUGGAGAUGCGGUAUCACUCGCUGGCAGCGCGUCGGGUGGCCAGUGCGCUUUUCAUUAUCCAGAUCCUGCUGAACCAAGCGGUGGUCAUCUACGCCCCUGCUCUUGCCCUCAACGCCGUUACCGACUUCCCUCUCUGGGUCUCUAUCGUCACAGUAGGCACCAUCGCAUCCUUCUACACCGCCAUCGGAGGGUUGAAGGCGGUGGUGUGGACUGACGCCUUGCAGUUCAUGGUGCUACUUGGUGGCAUAGUUGCCGUCAUCAUCAAGGGCAUGAUAGAGAUUGGCGGCCUCGGGAAGGUUUGGGAAAUUGCCGUGAAGCACGAUCGAGCUGGACCUCAGAUAUUCAACUGGAAAGUGGAUGUGUUUGAACGUCACACAGUGUUUGGCAUUGCUUGGUCUGGCUUCCAUAGUACCCUGUCAACCUACUGCUGCUCCCAGACAGCCAUCCAGCGCUACUCCAGCAUGAAGAACCUCAAGCACGCCUACAUGUCCAUGUUCCUCAUUAUCCCAUACUACGCCCUCCUUUCCUUCCUCAUGGUGCUGACAGGUUUGGUGCUCUUUGCCACUUAUGCUGAGUGCGACCCCUUAAAAGCAGGGCUCAUUUCCUCUAAGGACCAGAUCCUUCCGUUCUAUGUCAUAGACCGCCUCAACACUGUCCCUGGCCUCGCUGGGCUCUUCACUGCCUGCCUUUUCUCUGGGGCACUUAGUACCAUAUCAUCAGGGGUGAACUCCCAAGCAGCAGUGACUUGGGAAGAUUGGCUUGUCAUGAUCCCUAGGUGUGCCUCCCUCCCCAAAUCCACCCAGGCCUUCAUCACCAAGAUACUAGCAUUGGUUUAUGGAAUGAUAGCAGUUGGCCUGGCCUUUCUGGCUGGCAGUAUGGGUGGCGUCCUUCAGGCUGCUAUUGCUGUGACUUUUGCUGUGGCAGGUCCUCUCAUGGCAGCCUUCAUCAUGGCUAUUUUUAUGCCCUUUACUAAUGCUAAGGGUUCAUGUGCAGCUAUGAUCCUGGGAACUGUCAUAGCUCUGGGCUUUCACUUUGGUUCGAUAGCUGUGGGGAUCACACCUGAGCUUCUCCCCACCUCCACAGAUGGCUGCCCUGCUAACCUCACUAUCCCUACACUCCCACAAACUCCAAUUGUCAGAGUGUCAGACUUGGAUUACCCAAAGAAGCUGUUGGGACUGUCCUAUACAUUACUUGGAACACUUGGAUUCCUCGUAGCCAUUGUGAUUGGCAUCUUCAUAAGCAUUAUCACUGGGAGAUACAGUGUACGCAGUCGCAGACGACAACUCUACAGGCAACAGAGAGUAGCUACGGAGGAAAUGGGGGACGACCUAUUAAGAAGAACUUGGUUCACAAGUGGGUGCACUGGUGCCUCCCUGACCCCGAUGACUCAGUCCAUAUUCAUUCUCAUGGAGAGAUGAAAACAACACAUUUUUAAGGUAAAGUUAAAUUCACACAUUGUUAAUACAGAG